UCUUUUGAAUUCCAUAACGUCAGAGCGCCUGUUAAACCUCGAAGCGCCGGCUACCCAUUUCUGAACCCAACACACCAAAAUUAUGCUGGCAACCAACGCCGCCGCCGCCGCAGCUCGAAAUUCCCAUCUCCUCUUCCGAUGGGUAUCUAUCUCUCGGAUGCCGGUGCCGGUGCCUGCUACCCGCAGCCGUAUUCAUAUGUCAACCCCAAUCAACAGUAAUCGGAGCCUCUCAAGCUGCGGCGCUAGAAUUUCUGCGCUUUCUACUAAUGGGUUUAACCUAUUUGGCCGUCCGGGUUUAGGGUUUCGGCAUUCUAGUCCUCGAUCCUUGCGUGUUUCGAGUGGCGGCGGUUCCGGCUCCGGCGGCAAAGCUGGUGGUGGAUUCGGCGGUUCCGGCAACGGAAGUUCUGGUGGCGGCCCUGGUGGGAAUAACUGGUCGUUCCUUUCAUGGUAUCUUUCUCUUCUGGACAGUUAUCCUGUGAUCACUAAAGCUAUAACAUCAGCUAUUUUGACUCUGGUUGGUGACAUUAUCUGCCAGCUUUGGAUUGAUAAAGCACCGUCUAUGGAUAUGAAGAGGACAUUCAUUUUCACAAUGUUGGGGAUGGUUCUGGUCGGUCCGGCAUUGCAUUUCUGGUAUUUGUCUUUGAGCAAAUUGGUGACGACACCGGGAGCAUACGGUGCAUUUUUGCGGCUUGUGCUCGAUCAGUUUCUUUUUGCUCCUGCUUUCAUUGGAGUUUUCCUAUCUGCAUUGAUGACACUUGAGGGAAAUCCAUCUAAUGUAAUCCCAAAGCUGAAACAGGAGUGGUUAUCCUCAGUUGUUGCAAACUGGCAGCUAUGGAUACCAUUCCAAUUCCUCAACUUCCGUUUUGUGCCACAACAAUUUCAGGUCCUGGCAGCAAACUUCAUUGCCUUGAUAUGGAAUGUGAUUCUUUCGUACAAAGCUCACAAAGAAGUUCUACCCAAGUAGGUGAUACACUAUCAAUGGUUGUGUAACCGGAUCGGGUUUCUUGUUCGUUCGGUUACCGGAGGAUAACAGACAAUGUAAGUAAGGCAAAACUCAUCUCUGUCUUAGUGAUGUUUGUUGCAUGCAUAUUACUGGGAAGAGCGGGUGUUUAUUCUGAUUUUAAUUUACUUUAUUCUUUUUUAC